GGAUGUUUCCAUCAUGGCGGCGUCCAUUUCAGGUUAUACUUUUAGUUCUGUGUGUUACCACAGCGCCAACAGCAACUCGGAUCAUGAGGGCUUCCUAUUAGGAGAUGUAAGGCAAGAAGAGACGGUCAGCAUCAGUGACACACAGAUCAGCACUGCAGAAUUGCUCCAGGUAGUAGAAAUUCAUAACCAUGAUCCUUGUGCACAGUUAUUUAGCUUUUAUGACUAUGCAGGCAAACUCAAUGAAGAAAAUCUCAACAGCAUCCUUAAAGAUAGGCGGAAAAACGUUAUUGGUUGGUACCGGUUCCGGAGGAACACGCAGCAGCAGAUGUCGUUCAGGGAACAGAUCAUCCACAAACAGCUGACUCAGCUUCUUGGAGUGCCCGACCUCGUCUUCCUUCUUUUCAGCUUCAUCUCCACCGCCAACAGCUCCACGCACGCACUGGAGUAUGUGCUCUUCAGACCUAACCACAGUAGGUACAACCAGAGGAUCACCCUCUCAAUCCCAAACCUUGGCAACACGAGCCAGCAGGAAUACAAAGUCUCCUCAGUGCCCAACACCUCAAUCAACUACACCCAGGUCAUCAAAGAGCAUGGGGCGGAAUUCUUUGACAAAGAUGGUGUCAUGAAGGAUAUCCGAACAAUAUACCAAGUCUACAGUGCACUACAAGAUAAAGUGCAGGCUGUGUGUGGGGAGGUAGAACAAAGUGAGCGCGUGAAAGAGAAAAUUCAAGAGGAUGUGAACAAACUCAAACAACAAAUUGCUCUCAGGAAACUCAAGACGGCAGAAGAGGAGAGAAAGCUCCUUGAGGCCCAAAAUGCAGACUCCCAUCCCACUCCGGAUGAGAACACACAACCUUCUGAGGCUUCCCCUCUUUCCAGAAUAACUUUCCACACACCCUCUGCUCCGGAGCGGCCCAGUACCUCACCUAACCCACCAUCUUACGCUGACCUCUUGUCCCAGGGGGUCUCUCUGCUCUCCUCUUCUUCCCCCCCGCCUACCAGUGCUGCUCUACUGCCCCGGCCCCAAGCUGUGGGCUCUCCAGGACACCCUACACCCGGCCCACUGGGGAUGGGCCUGGGCCUCGCCGCCAGCUCUAAUCCCGUAACCACUACCAACACCCCAUACCUUGGCAAUGGUGACGGAUCAAGCUCUGACUCAUUAGACAGACAAGCAGCAGGGCAGGAAGAUGACGAAGACGAUGAGGAUGAAGACGAAGAUGAGGACAGUAGCGAAUAUGAGAACUUGGUGAGUGAAGCCGGUCAUCUGCCAAUGGUCUCCGCCAGCGUUUUAGCACAAGGCCGGCCAGCAGCCCUCGGUCCGGAUGGGGACGCCCGCGGCUCACAGACCACAUAGAAACAUGCCACACGGUGUGUAUGGGACACUGAUAAGUGACGCACCUUGAGAGGUGGGCAUCUUAAGCAAUCAAAGAUAGACAAAUAUAGACAAAAGUGCCAGUUCUGAAAGUGAAAGGCCUGCACAGGUGGUGUCCCGCUGUGAGUGUUUAUUGUCUUAGUCUGAUCUCCAUUUUAAGGGGAAACUUUGCUAGGCUUCGCAGGCUUAACAGGUAUGUCUCACUGGAGCGAAAAGUCGUCUGUUUUCCUUUUUUCCUUUUUGGAAUGGGGUCAGUUUGGGUACUUAAGUGUGGAUGUUUUGGCUCCCUAAAUGACAGGCCCUGCUCCGCGCUUUCUUCUGUAUCUUUUUGUUUCACAUUUGCGUCACCAACUCUGAGCACCCACUCUUGCAUUACCUCUUGCACUAUUUUUUUUUGCCUUCUUUUAUCAGCUAAGAAAGCAAAGGGAGAAUGUUCUGCAGCAUUCAAACUUUUUAAAGAGAUAUAUAUAUAUGUGUAACUAGAAUUUCUUCAACAUGCAUAUUUCUGUCAUUUGAUUUGGGAUUUAUGCUCCACAGUCUUCAAUUAAUUAUACAAUUGCCUAUUUAAAUGAUGAAGAAUAGAGCAAAAUUUCAAGCUGAAUUUACUCUGCCACUUCUUUAAUGGGUACUUUAUAUAUACAUAUAUAUAUAUUUUGUCAGAUUAUUAGUUAAUCUAAUUUGAUUGACAAGAAUGUCAAUGUCUUGUUCCUAUCCCUUAACACUGAAAUUGUAUGCGCUUUGCUGCACUUAACAAAAUUUAAGAUUUCUUUAUUAUUGUGCUAUACCAAUGCUGUCGUGUUGUGCCACUUGAGUAGUCCACCUCGACCCUGAGCCAAAUUCAGCUCGGCUUUUGUGUGUUGUACAGAGCUCAAAGGGCAAACACAAUGUACUGUAGCUUUACUAACCCGAUGCUUAUUGUUCCCUUCUGCUGCUGCAACACAGAGCUACCACUUAAAAAAAACAAAAAACUGCAUCCGUCUGUUCUUCAUCAUAUAAAAACCUGGCUGCUACUUCCACUUCACAGUGCUGGUUGUCUCCAAUACUACUGCCCGUGAUCAUAUAACCACUUCAAGCUCACUUCUCACUGACUUGUGGUCUAUUAAAGUCAUAAUGGAAGGCUGAUACGCCCUGUAGAGUGUAAAUUGUAACUUCGGAAGCAGAGCGCGAAACGAUCACCACGAUCACCUUCCUGUCUUGGCAUAGUCGACAGCAGACCUCAUGUAUUCUGACCUUGUUGGGUCAGUGUCACAUGUAUGGACCUGGAUAAUGUGAUGAAAACAUCAUGACAAUGCUUCAAUAUACAGUGCCUUCCACUCAGGUCAGUUUCUAUCUCCACACAGAACACAUUCACAGAUCUCUUUUGAGGGGUUAAAUUACAGUAUAACAAACUGUGUUGUAUUUGCAAUAACUUACAGCUGCUUCUUUUUUUUUUUUUUUUUUUUUUUUAAAGUCUUGCAGCUAUAUCCCUCUCUUUCCAUGAUGUGGUGUUUUGUCUACCUGAAACAAUCCUCACUUCUUCCUAUAGCUAUUUUCCCUUUUUUAACUUUCACUGAUGACUUCUUAGUGGACCUGUAUCUCAUAGAUGCAGCUGUGACUCUGCUUGCUUUAUCAUUUGAAACUGGAAUUUUAACUGUAAAGUCAUGGGGAUCUGCCUAGUAACUGAUACUUCCUGUAAGGCCAAGAUGGUAUGAUGAUCACGACGAACAUGAAUGACCUUUUUAAACAGCUGUCCAAUUCGAAGAGAACUAAGUAACAAGGUGAGGAUUGAUUUGGUGCUGGAUGUAGGACACCCUCCUUGCAUGAACCAAUCAAUUCUAGACAGUAAUAUUUAGCAUGAACAGACAUUUGCACAGCACAUGGAGGACGUCUCGAUCAGCAGGUUGCACUCUCAGAUGAAGACAUUUUGUGUUGGGAGAAGCUUUGCCUUGUGAAUAAUCUCCACUUUAUUUAUGCAGCCUGUUUGUAUGACAUGUUUGUUUUGCCUCAUUUCAUUUGCCCUGAUGUGUAAUGCAAAUGCAUCACUUAUUGGGAACUGGCACCUAAACUGUUACUUAAUAAUCACCGAGAGUAACAUAUUCACACAAUGAAAUGACAAAGUCAAUAUGUCAAUAUGUUAGGACUAUGGUUUCCUUUGAGUACUGGAAUAUAAGGAAAUAUAUAAUGAAUGUAUAGUAGAGGGAGGGGGUAGCAUUUAAACAGCACUUACUGUAUAAGCUUGUCUAUAUUGAGUGUUGUGGUGGUAUAGAGCAGCUGUAUGUUGGUCCUCACUCUUAAUCCCUGACUUCAGUCCCUAGAAGAUGCUUUUAAUCUUCAUUUCUGGCAUCCUUGACUUGAUGACCAGAAUGAAAAUCAGCAGGGUGCUGAGGGCAGCUAGUAAAAAGCUUGAGAGGACCAACAUUUUUGGUAUCCUAUACCUUUAAGUUCCAACAUAGUAGAAAUAUACACUCAUGUACUCUUACUGUAUGGGGUGACACUUGCCCGAGUGGGACAUUGCAACAUCAACACCUCCCUGAAAGCACAAAGUCCAGUGCACAGCUUCGAACUUCUCAGCUUUUAUCUGGAUGUGUGUAGUUGACAAAGGUAGAUAUAGGACUUGCUUGGACGAGCAUAGAGAAAAUGGUUCUUAAAUUGGGGAAUAAUAAACGAGACAUGCAUAUGUGAUAUGAUAUGCCUUUUGUUUUUCUUAUUGUGGCAAAUGUAGCACUUUUAAUGUGC